GAAAAAGAGGGAGAUCAUCCAAUGUUUCUUUCAAAAAUCGCUUGCUGAGAAUGUUUGCGCGCCGUGGCUCGAUAUAAGUGAGCUUGAGGGUUCGCGAACACCUAAUUGUUAGGUUCGACGCAAACUGCAUGUUCAGCCUCGUGCAUUGAAACUCCCUCAACAAGGAUGGAGACACCCGACUCCGAUCUCAAUAGCGGACAGGCUAGUCCCAACGGACAUGAUAACGAAAAGAUCGAGGAGAAGCACCACCACCAUCCCCAUUUGCAUCUAACGCAUGGCCAGAAGAGACGGUUCCUUGAAUUUGUCCAUCCCCAUACCGGCAAGAUUGUCCACGUCUGCCAUAGUCCUGAGCAUCUAGAACGGAAAAGAACAGAACUCCUCCGCGAGAGGAAAGACGACGAGUUCCAUGUUAUUCUGCAAGGCUCAGCCGAGCAUCUCGAGGCAAUCAGAGAGCUGCACACCCACCACGAGUCGAAGAGGGACGAACUGAAGCAGCGCCAUGGCGACCUGUACUCCGAUAUCGAAAACGUCAAAUCCGAGUUAGACGCCCUUGCUGCAGAGCUCCACCAUGUCACUGCCCAUGCAGUUUCUCUUGACGCUUCAUUCGAUCGCUACGGAUACUCGGCGCAUCUCAGGACGAAAGACGAGGACUCCGAAGUCACGUCAAUUCACAGUGACCACCCCUCCGCGUUUGACAAGCACAAAGACCGCUCCACCGUGGCUAUUCGAUUCCUCAAGCGACCUACGAUCCGACAGUAUUUCCACAAAGGCCUCCUCUGGCGCUCCGCCAAAGCCGGGGAAGUUGCAUCGUUCGAACUGUUUGUCGACCUAGUAUACGUUGGUGUCAUCGAUAUCGUCGGCGAAAAGGCAGUCGAACACGCCGAUGGUCUCUCACUGCUGCACUUCGCCAUAGUCUUCUCCAUUGCUUGGAAAAUCUGGGCCGACCUAACCAUGAUCAUCAACCACUUUGAAAUUGACGACAUCUUCCAACGUCUCAACGUCAUAUUCUACCUCGUCUGCCUGUUCGGAUUCACCACCAACAUUACCUACGCUUUCGAGUCGACAUACACAUCCGCCAUCGCCUUCUACAUUGCGCAACGCCUAUUUACGGCGGUAUGGUACGUCUAUGUAGCUUGGGUAUUGCCGAACAUCCGCGGAUCGAUGAUGUCGCUAGCACUCACGGUCACCGUAUCUGCUGUUUUCUGGAUUGGCAGCAUCCACGUCGCUUGGCCCGGCCAACUCUCGUUGAUCUGGAUCGCGAUAAUUGUCGACACAUUUGGCUACGUCGCAAUGAUAGGGAUCAUGCGCCACGCCGAAAAGUCUCGGGUCCUCAAGCCGAUUGCGAAAUAUUUUGAGUUCUUUCCUGCUGUGAACAUCGAGCAUCGCGUCGAACGAAACAAUGCUUUCGUCUCGCUUGUCUUCGGCUACUCGAUCCUAACCAUUCUCUUCCAAUCGCGCGCGUCUUUCGGCAUCAACGCAUUUUUCGGCAAAGGCGUCCUCGGGCUAGUUCAGGCUUUCACAUUCAAUUGGAUCUACUUUGAAAUCGAUGCCUACCAUCUCCACGUCCACGCGAUCCGCCGCCACUUGGUAUCCGCCUGCGUAUGGGUCUCCUCUCACCUCCCCUUCAUAAUGGGCUACGUCCUGGCGGCUUCUACGCUCUCGCAACUCGUGCUCGCCCACGACUCCUCCAAUGCCGACCCGCACGACCUCGGCGAAGAAUAUGAGGCCCGCAGCGAACCCGAAGUUUCUAAAGCCCUGCGAUGGUUCUACUGCGGCGGCUUGGGCGUCGCACUGAUCUCUAUGGCUUUGAUAUCCUUCUGCCACAUUCAUAAACGUGUCGCGAAGGCCAGACUACGCAAGCGGCCGCGACUGAUCUUCCGGGUCUGUAUAGCGAUCAUCAUCAUCUGCCUCCCCCUUGCCGAUUCAUUGUCGAGUCUGGGUCUGAUCAGCAUUACGACGGCGCUGGUCUUCCUCGUCCUUGCGCUGGACUUGUUCGGCAUGUCCUGCGAGGGCGAUAAGUUCUGGACUGGAGGCUUCUGUCCGGAGGAAAAGAAGCGAUGCACGUACACGGCGAACUGUAGGCUAGGGAAGCGGCGCAGACGAGAGAUUGAGAAGGCCCUUCAAAGAGGGGAUAAGGUGUGUCUGGCCGAUCUGUUGAAGAGGAAUUCGAGCAGGAGUAGCGUGGACAGCGAGGAGACGCUGAGAGAUGAGGAGUGGCAAGGAGGGCAUUAUUGAUAUGCUGCCAAAUCGAGCAAGUCAUUUUGAGAUCCUUCUGCGACUAUCACUGGUAUUUCCAGGUCUCAUCUCAGCUCUACCGGGCGCUUAGGAAAACUUGCAGUGCAUUCUGGACUGAUCAUGCAUCGCCUUUCGUGAUAGAAGUGAC